GCGCGGCGGUGACGGUGACAGUGACGGAGGACAGAUUAAGAAAUGGCAGAAGCAGUUUUUCACCCCCCAAGAAGGAAAAGAAGAGUUUUUGAGUCAUAUGAGGCUCCCUUUCCCGUGGAUGUGGGGGGGAAGGAUUUCAGACUGUGCCAGGCUGAGAUCAUUAACAACAAUGUGAUUGUGAGGAACCCCGAGGAUAUUGAACAGCUCUACAACAAGGGCUAUUUUGGAAAAGGGAUCCUGUCCAGGAGCAGGCCAGUGUUCAGCAUUUCAGAUCCUCUGCUGGUGGCCAAGUGGAGAGGUAUUAACACAAACAUGCCCAUAAUUACAUCACAAAAGUACCAGCGCCGUGUGCAGUGGGCUAAAAGUGUCCUGCAGGAGCAGGGCCUCGACGACUGCUCCAUCACCAAAAUCCUGCAGAAUUACACCAAACCCCUGGGGCUGCCCUUCUCCAGAGAGGAUGGGGCUGAACAAACUGGGGACAGCUGCACCAGAGGGGACCCAAAGCCAGGAAAUGCAGAACUGAGCAGGAAAUCUGCCCAAAGCCCUGAGGGUCAGAACGGGGACUCUGAGGAGGGAGGAGAUGCAGCCGUGGGUCCUGACAGUGGCUCCAGGGAGCAGGAACAGGGGGAUCCCGGGCAGCAGGAACAGGGGGAUCCCAGGGAAAUGGCUGAAGGCUCCUCCCACAGCGACCCUCCUGUGCUCUCUGGCUGUGAGAUGAAGCAGAGCCCUGAGCAGAGGGCUUGGGAGGGGAUGGAUUCAAGGGAAUGUGCUCCAGAGUAUGUGCUGGUGCAAGAGGAGGAAGAAGGAAGCUCCUGUCCUGAAGAUGAUUCCACUCAUGCACAAGAGAAUCUUGUCAAGAAGGAAGUAUUAGUAUGCAGAAAAAACCCUUUUAGGAUUUUUGAGUACUUACAACUCAGCUUGGAAGAGGCUUUUUUCUUGGUGUAUGCUCUGGGAUGUUUAAGUAUUUAUUACGGUGAGGAGCCCCUGAGCAUUGUGAAGCUGUGGGAAGUGUUCAGUGAGGUGAAGCCUGAUUUCAAAACCACCUACAUGGCCUACCACUACUUCAGGGGCAAGGGCUGGGUGCCCAAGGUGGGGCUGAAGUAUGGCACAGAUCUCUUGCUGUAUCGAAAAGGGCCCCCCUUCUACCAUGCCAGUUACUCUGUCAUUGCCGAGUUGGUGGAUGAUAAUUUUGAAGGUCCCCUUCGCAGACCCCUCAGCUGGAUGUCCCUUUCUGGGCUGAACAGAACAACUGCAAAUGCUUCUAAGGAGCUCAUGCUGUGCUAUUUGAUCAGACCUUCUGACAUGACUGCAGAGGAGAUGUCAACCCCAGAGUGCAUGAAGAGAAUCAAAGUUCAGGAGCUGAUCGUGACUCGUUGGGUUUCCUCCCGUGAGCGCAGUGAGCAGGAUGAGUUUUAACUGACUGCACAAGAAAAACCUCAGUUUUUAAAAAGCACUUCUUGCUUUUUACCUGAUCCUGUGAUGAACUGUUGCCUCAGAACAUUUUCUACCAACAUACUCAUUUGGUGAGUGUAUAUAAAUGCUGUUUAAAAUGA